UCAGUGAAUAGGGAAAAGAAUCUCUGUUGAAGAACAAUGAUUGUGGUUGGUAGUUAUUAUGAAGAUACCCAUGUGAUGACAGAAUGGUUUCGAACAAUCACAACUCUAAUGAACUGGCAACAAGAAUUUAUUCUCAAGAAGAACGGCUCCACGGACUGUUAUGUAGGACUCUAAGGUGCAAGUGAAAUUGCUUGAUUUCUUAACUGGAUGUUUGACUCUUGCUUCACUAAGCUCGAGUUAGGAAGUUCGGUUUUGUUCUAACUCGUAUUUGAAUUAUGCUAAUGAAUAGAUCACACAAACAUAGAAUUGUGUAAUCUACAUUUGGUUUGUAGAUUUAUGAUUGUACUCAAAACAUUCUCUUGUCGGUUUUGAACCUUAGAAUUUUGAAUUAUAGGAGACAAAUGGAAGAAAGCAUGGACCAUGUUUAAAUGUAAUACAAUCAUACACAGCCACAAGAUUGCUGUAAAGGGCGUUGGCAGAGAAAAGAAGCCAAAAAUAGGGAAAUAGAGGGAAAACGUUGCCAGCAAAGGGGUGGCUUCCCAGAUAAGCAGAUAAGGAAUUAGGCAAGUACCAGUUUACAGUCUGUCUUUUUGUAAAGUAAAUUAAGGAUCCAGCAAAGCAGCAUAAAAAAGAAGGAAUCUUUAGAGAGAGAAAGAAAGAGAAUGAAGACUCACAUGGGUUGGCGUGGAUUCCCAAGACUUUAGCAGUUGAAACCCAAACAGUACUAAACCCAAAUCCCUCCAUAGCCAUCCUCAUUCACAGCUCUCAAUUUUCUUCUUGUUCUUGUUCUUCUUGUUUUUCUGUCUUUUAUUGAGGAAGAAAGGGCAUUUUGGAUUGAACAGAGAGACAGAGAUGGCUGUUUUGAGGGCUUGUUUUGGAAUCUAUGCUGUGAUUAUUGCUAUCUUUUAUGUUGUCAUGUUGCCUGUAUCUCGAGCUGAGCAUGCCUCUUCUCCAGCUCCGGCUCCCACUAGCGAUGGCACCGCAAUAGACCAAGGCAUAGCAUACAUUCUAAUGCUGCUGGCUUUAGCGCUCACUUAUAUCAUCCAUUGAUGCAACUUCCAAAAGCACCAAAAGCACCAAAAACAGAAGAAGCUCCAAUUAUGUGUAUGAGAUGAAGGGAGGAGGGCGUGGUGUUUCAAAUGCCUUUUACCUUUUUUUUUUUUUUUUGAAAGAUUGGCAGAGAUUUCAUUUGUAGAAAGUCAGUUGUAUUAUUAUAUAUUUAUCAUUCUUUUUCUUGAGUGAUCAUUAUAUUCAUUUGGGUA